AUGCAACAGCCUGAACUUGGAGGCAGCCGUUACCUCAGACCCGGUCCACCGAGCAGCCUUGCAAACAGCACAGACGAACAAUUUGCUCCAAACGAGCAAACAGCUGAAGUAGCUCCCGCUUGCAGCGCCGAGCAAGAUAUUGUCCAAACACAUUACAGCCCAAGAGGUGUUGUCUUGCUCUAUUUCCAGGGAGACUCCUCGGUAGAAGUCGACAAGCAUUUCAACCGGACUUUUUCAGAGCUGUAUUGCUUGCCAUCUGGUGCGGAAAAAUGUGUUGAUGGAACACAACUGCAAGGUGCAUUUGCUUUCAACUUCAGUUCAAUAUUGUAUGCAUAUUUUUGCAAUUCAAUUUUACUCUCGUCUUCUUGAACGCUAGCUGCAUAAGAACAUAAUCCACUUUCAAUUGUCGAUCAAAGUUUAUUUCGAACUUUGCUUAUCUUUCUCUUCACAAAAUUGCUUAUAUUCCACUUCCCAAAAUUCCCUGUCACAAAUAUCUUGAGCUCUAGUAGCUUCUUAAGCUAGCCUUACAAAAAUUUGCAGAGGGAAGUAAAAAAUUUGUUGAGAAACUUUCUCGCGGUAAAAUCCUGUUUUAUCUCAGAAAAGGAAAUCGAAGGUGGGGUGUCAAUAAUAAACGAAUGCGUGCUUCUUCCUACCGAGUAACUGUGAGAAAUUUCUGUCUCGAGAAAUGUAAAUAUCUUUUCUCACCUUCUCGAGACAGUUAAUAAUGUCGAACAUCCAUUUGUGAUCACCACCCAUACGCGAACAUUUCUCUUACGCAAUCACUUGCCCAAAGUAUGGAAAUUUUCGCAAUCAGUCCACUUCUAUAGUUGGAACCUGUUGUGAGCCAGACCGUCCUCAGGUAAGCUGUCACUUGACUCGUGGUCUUCUCAGGUGUAUCAGUUAUUGACUUGAAUUACUUGACCCGCUCAAUUCUGACAUCCUUUUAAUACGGUGCAGGAGACUUCCUAUGGUUAACUCAGGGUCUUUUGAAGAUGGGGAUGGUUCAGACUUGUUUCCGAUACAGACCACCCAGGGUGGCGCUCCGGCAAGCUUUUGGGUGUGGUCGCUUACAUUGCAGCCUGAACCUAUGACAAUAUAGGUUAAUUAGUAAAGCCCCGUGCAAACGGACGCAACAUUGUUGGAUGUGACAUGUUGCGUCCGUUUGCACACCCUGUUGCAUGUUGUUGGGAGUUGUUGCGCAAAGUUUGAAACAGGUCAAGCGUUUAGCUACGUGCAAACGGACGCAAUAACUCCCAACAUUGUUGGGACAGCAAUGUCGGGUGUUGUUGCGUCCUUUUGUACUUAGCUUAAAUCAGUAGUCCGAGGGCGAUCGGACCGUCUAAGAAAUGAGGCUUGAUCGAGGCUGAUCAGCAGUCUCCUGGAUGCGGUUUUAGAUAGCUAGAGUUCGCUCAGAAAGAACUUCUGGAGCCAAAUUCAGUUUGGACACCAAAUGCAAUGACUUGACACUUAUCAAAUUGCACGCGCACCAACAGUAGUUGGCUGUGUCCAGCCCACCACUAAAACUGUUCCAGGCAAGUAUAUUUGCAUAAAUGAAAUAUGAAAUCAACUUCCGCUGUCAGACACCUCAUCCUACUUCUCGGGAAGUUUCUGAAUGCCCCCCCCAAAUCUUGAAUGGAGAGGCCCAAUUGAUUACUGAAGUCAGUUUUUAUUUCGCUGUUUUCGUUCUACUGAUUAAGUUACCGCAUCCCAAUUCAAAUCAGCUGAAACUGUAGCUGUACGUGUGACGAAUCAAACACAGGGUCCGCCUCUCCCAUGUCUUGUCGAUUUUCCUGUUCAAUCCUCUGAUAUUUCUCAGUAUGUUUCUUUGUCUUUUUGUUUUCUUAGGGAGACCGACUGUUCCUAUGUCUCAACGCAACCUUCCAGCUUCAUUUUGGAUUCCGCCUUCAACAGACCAGACCCAUCAACUACCAACGAGUUACCAUCGUCAAAGCAACUCAAUGCGUUUGUUCCAGCAAAACGCACCAAACAGGACAACCUAUUAUAGCACUGGCUGUCAUGCCACCAACGGUUCACACGUCAGCCUCGAGCGAACCGCACCAAAUGUUGUUCAUACGUAUGCAAUUCCAGUCUCCUAUACUCAGCUCCCCAUGGGGGUGGUGAAACGUCUCCCCCCAGGACACCCCCAACAGGGCUCUCAACCGUCAUAUAAAGCGUCCGCGCCUCCUUUAACACAAGAAACUGAUAUUCAUUGCAAUGAGAUGCAGACUUCAUUUAGGUUUAAUCCUGGUUACAAUACACUUCUGGUGCAACCCGAGGUGAAACCUCAUCUGCCUGUUGUGCCUGGUGAGCCGUCCAGAGCAAAACACGAUGAAAAACGCAACCAUAUCUCUCCAAUUUAUCCGGGCGAAUUAAUGACGACGCCAAAGAGAGAAGAAAACUAA